AUGGAAGCGAUAAUAAAAAAAGAUGCCAAAACAAAAGAUUUAGAAAAAUUAUUUGGGUAUGCAAAAGAAUUAGAGAAAAUUAGAAGCAAUUUAAAAAUAUUAUUUAAAAACCAGGAUGAACUAGAUAAAAACGAGAAAGAAGUUGAAAAAUACAUAAGUGUAACAACAAAAGAAAUAAAACGAUUAACAUUUUAUCAACAAAUAAGUAAAAAUGUUACAAAAGUAGGCGGUGCCUUAACAUUGGCUGGUUCAGUCAUAAGUGGAGGAUUAAAAUCAUCAGGAUAUUCUUAUCAAGGAGACUUGCUUUUGUUGGUCAGCUCAGGAGUAGGAGGUUUUCUGACGUUAACUAGUUCGAUUACAGAAAAAAAGUUUAAUGAUAUUUAUGAUCAUUUGUUUUGGCUUUCAAGAACUGCUAGAUAUUCAGAGGAAAUAGAUAAGGCAAUUUCUAAAUUUUUAGCUAGGAAUAGAAAGUUUAAAGAGGAAGAUUUAGUGCAAAUUGAGAAAAAAAAAAUUAAAAUAGAUAAUCUUAUUCCAAAAUCAACAUCUGUACCAAUAAAAUCAAUAUUGUCUAUUCCAGAUCCAAUAAAAUUUACAAACAUGUCUUUUGCAGAACAACUAAAAUUUACACAAAUGUCUCAUGUAGAACCAAUAAACGUUAUUAAAAAAAAUGAAGAAUUAACAGAAUUACAAGAGAUAAGAGUAAACAAGGGUGCUUUCGAAGAAUUUAAAAGGUUUUGGGAAGAAGAAAUUCAAGAAAUUUUCAAUGAAGAAAAGAUUAUAGAGAUGGGUGAUGAUGUGAAAAGGAGCUCUAAUUAUGAUUUACAAAUAAUAGUUAAUCAAGGAGAGUAA